AUGGAAGGGGAAGCAUCAUGGUUCAGUCAUUGCCCUGAUGAUACUGUUGAGCCUGAUUCUUUCAGCUCCGAGCUUAAAUAUGAAGACGAAAAACAAGUUUCCUCUGUUCUCGUAGAUUUGAUACUGCCUGAUGAUUUACUAGAACGAAUAUUGGCUCGUCUUCCUAUUGCUAGCAUCUUUAGGGCAGGUUGUGUAUGUAAAAGAUGGCAUGAGAUAGUGAAAUCAGGAAGAUUCUUGUGGAACUCAUCGCGAUUUCUGUCUCAUAAACCGUGGUACUUUAUGUUCACAAGUUCAGAGAAACCAAUAGGUUAUGCCUAUGAUCCAACUUUUCGGAAAUGGUACGUUAUUGAACUCCCCUGCAUUUGGACAUCCAGUUGCUUUAUUUCUUCAUCUUGUGGAUUAUUUUGCUUCAUGGACAAUAGUAGAACUGAUCAGCUAUAUGUUUGUAAUCCAAUAACCAAAUGUUGCAAGAACCUCGAGGAGCCACCGGGGUUCAAUUUUUCUGAUUACAAUGCAUUGGCUAUGGUUGUAAAUAGAAAAACGCGUUGUUAUAGUGUUACAAUUGUUAAAUCAAAGCACAUCCCUGAGAACUUCUUUCAAUGUGAUGUGUCCAUCCACAUAUACGAUUCUGGAACAACGACGUGGAUGACCUGUUUAACUGAUGUUUUGACAGGAUGGAGAGGUGGGGAUGAAAGUGUUAUAUGUGAUGGUGUAUUGUAUAUCAUGAUUUAUUCAACUGGAAUUGGUGGUUCAGAAAAUCGUCACGGUUUAAUCACUUACAACCUCUCAAGCAGAUCAUGUACCAUGUUGAUGAGGAGUUUCAUUCCUGUACCAUGUUGUCUUACGUGUGGUCGUCUAAUGAACCUCAACGAAAAGUUAGUAAUGGUAGGAGGGAUAGGGAAGCGAGACUGUCCUGAUAUAAUUAAGGGGAUCGGUAUAUGGACACUUAAUGGGAUGGAAUGGCAACAAAUAGCGCGAAUGCCACAUAAGUAUUUCCAUGGUUUUGGGGAAUUUGAUGAUGUUUUUGCCAGUAGCGGUACAGACGACUUCAUAUACAUACAGAGUUAUGGAGCACCUGCUCUUCUUGUUUUUGAUGUUGAGCAGAAAAUGUGGACGUGGGGUCGAAAAUGUCCUGUGAAAAAAAGGCUUCCCCUUCAGCUCUUUACUGGUUUUUGCUUGGAGCCAAGGCUUGAAAUGGUUCCAUAA